CGUGCACAUUAAGUCCCCCACAUGCCUAGAAAACGCAGUGUGACUCGUUUGAAUUGGACUCAGUUCCCCCUUCCGACCAGUGUGGUUCAUUCCAGCGCCUCUGUAUCCUCAGUGCGAGGUGCGUUUCUGCUGCCAUCAACGCUGAGCCCGGCGGUUCAAUCACUCCACUGACACAACAGCAAAGUCCAUUUCGAUGGCGAGAUUUAGACUGAGCGGAGAGCUUCGCCUGCAGGAUCGCUUUAUGCCGAACUGUUAAUGGGAAUGAAUUCUCCCUCCCUGCUGCAGAAACUGCCUUUGAAUUGUCUUGGCCCUUGGCUGUGGAGCCUUGACCAGCUACCAUGACAUACCCCAACACCAGCGUAAUGACAGCCAACUUCAGUGGCGCUUUGGAGCAGGACUCCGGGGGAAACAUCUCCAGGCCCUUCUCUCUUUUCAGUGUACUCACCCUUACUUUACUUGCAAUGCUGGUGGUGGCCACUUUUGUGUGGAACUUGCUAGUACUGGUGACCAUCCUGAGGGUGAGGACAUUUCACAGAGUGCCCCACAACCUGGUGGCUUCCAUGGCCAUUUCUGAUGUGAUGGUGGCCGCGCUGGUCAUGCCCCUCAGCCUUGUCCAUGAGCUGAACGGCCGGCUGUGGAAACUGGGCCGCGUGCUGUGCCAGGUGUGGAUCUCCUUCGACGUGCUCUGCUGCACAGCCAGCAUCUGGAAUGUGACGGCCAUCGCGCUGGACCGCUACUGGUCAAUCACCAGGCACUUGGAGUACACGCUCAAGACACGCAAAAAGAUCUCGAAUGUGAUGAUUGCACUCACAUGGCUGCUGUCUUCCAUCAUCUCCCUGUCACCACUAUUUGGCUGGGGAGAAACCUACUCAAAGGGGAUGAAGUGCCAGGUGAGCCAGGAGCCAUCCUACACCAUUUUCUCUACCUUUGGAGCAUUUUACCUCCCUCUUUGUGUGGUGCUGUUUGUUUACUGGAAGAUCUACAAGGCUGCCAAAUUUCGGAUUGGCUCCCGCAAGACCAACACAAUCACGCCCAUGGCCGAGGUAAAGGAGGAAACACACCAGCCCCAGAUGGUGUUUACCGUGCGCCACGCCACAGUAACCUUCCAGACAGAUGGGGACACAUGGCGUGAGCAGAAGGAGAAAAAGGCGGCCCUGAUGGUAGGCAUUCUGAUUGGUGUGUUUGUACUUUGCUGGAUUCCCUUCUUCAUCACUGAGCUCAUUGUGCCGCUGUGCUCCUGCGACAUCCCACCCAUCUGGAAGAGCAUCUUCCUGUGGCUGGGCUACUCCAACUCCUUCUUUAACCCGCUCAUAUACACCGCUUUUAAUAAGAACUACAACAAUGCCCUGAGGAACCUCUUCUCCCGGCAGCGUUGAGCUCUUUGGCAUGCUCAGCGGACACACUAUACCAGCAUGCACUCCACAGUGUUACUCCUCCAGACAGAAAGACCACGCAAUCAUGGAUGACACCCAGAAACUGUGUCUGAAAAAUGUGUCAUUUUUAUUUAGGUUGUGCUGAGACAUGUGUCCGAGCUACUAUAUCAACAAAUAGAACUGUCUACAUGUCGGGUUUCCCUUCAUUGUUUGAGGCUUAUUUGGGAGAAAAGCAUGCUACCUCCCUAAAGUUUCAUCAUCAUAUGUGAGGUUGCUGGGAAUAAUUUCAAUGUAGAUGAAGUUCAAGAAAAUUGAAUUAAGAACUGAAAGAGGACCUUUAUAAAUAAUAAACUAAGAACAAACUGUGGACUUUUUUCUAACCUAAAUAACAAGAUAUGAUUUUAAAAUAACAAUGAAUUUGACUGCAGUAAAGAAGGGUUGUAGGAUCUGAAAACCUCACCUUACACAUGAACUCCCUGGUUUCACAUGGAGUUUAUUCAUACAUACUUCUAGAAAAAUUUGAUACUGGCUAGCUAUACUGGUCCAUCUUGCACAUAUACCUCCACUCUCCCAUUUCUUUUAUGAUAGCAGGAAACUAGCAGAAAAGGUAUGUAAAAACCUUUUCUGCUAGUUUCUUUGAAUGUAAGCAAUUCUGAGUAAUUGCAGCAAAAAAUGAUCAAAUUUCACUCUAGAUAAAUGAAGUAUCUAUGAGGUACAGAAGGUGUGAGCACUGGUGUAAAGCUACUGUAUUAAAAGAAAUAUCACAACAGUUUCUGUAACUUGAGCAGU